AAUCGACGCGAGUUUAUAUAUAAACUAGAGACGACCCGGACCCGGACCCGGACCCCACAACAGUUGCAAAUAGAGAGAAAGAGAGUUUUCAUUGUUUCAAAAAAUUAAAAUCAAUCUCACAAAAACCUCUUUGCGAUUCCCCGUUGGCUCUCUCUCACAGUCACAUCCCACACAGAUCUCUCUUUCUCCUUCUUCUUCUUCCUCCCAUGGAUCCCGCUUCUUCUUCUUCUUCUUCUUCUUCUUCUACAAAUCAGCGCAACCGAAUCGUCUCUUCUGGGGAACGACCAGUGAUGGCGGUUAAUGGCGUUAACCAGCAGGUGAAUAUUGUAUCUUCUUCUUCGUCUUCCAUUACUCCUUCUCCUGGUCCUGCUCCAUAUUUCAAUGUCCUUCAACCCCCUACUAAUGUCUAUCAUUACGAUUGGGAUGUUACAAGUCCUGGGUAUGCACAAAGCAUCAACAGUUGGGAUGGAUAUUCACAGUAUGCUACUAACCCUGAAGGCAUGCAUGUGCCACAGAUUGUUUACAAUGACAGUUCAUCUGUUAUGUACCACCCUGGUUAUGGCUUCAACCCUUAUACAUCUAUGAUGAUGGAGGGCCAAAUCCCAGUCUCCCCUGCCUUUUACCAACCUUACGGUGCACCUUCUGCUACGUAUUAUACUCCCUCAGAUAUUGACCCAUCAUCUGCUUUUAUGAUUCCUUUUGGUCAAUAUGGUGGAGCCAAUUUUCCUGGGAAUCAAGGGGACAACUCUUUUACAUCUCCUAUACCUUAUCCUCAGACGAUGGGUAUACUUGGCCCAUAUGACCAGAAUGCUUCACAGGUGACUUUGCAUGGGAGUGGAGUUGCUUCAAGCUCGUCUUUGGGAGGUUAUUAUCAUGUAGGAUCUUACCAGAAUCCUAGCUCUAUCGCCCCAUAUUAUGGAGCUGAUAAUCGAGUCAGAGUAACCCCUGACAUAGGCAAAAGGCGAGAGAGGGAGCAGGGCCCUAUAUCUACCACCAAUGAUCUGUAUGGUAAUCGAGGACCACGGUCAUCAAGCCGGGUAAAGAGCAAGAUCAGCUCCAAACCUGGCUCUACUACUGAUGAUUCAACGAGUGAUUCAAGUACAGCUGGACCAAAUCCCAGUUUGUACAACCAUCCAGAAUUUGUGACAGAAUAUAUGAACGCCAAAUUCUUUAUCGUCAAGUCAUUUAGUGAAGACAAUGUCCACAGGAGUAUCAAAUACAAUGUCUGGGCCAGCACACCGCAUGGCAACAAAAAACUAGAUACGGCUUAUCGAGAGGCUGAGAAGAUGGGUGGGAAGUGCCCAAUCUUUCUGUUCUUCUCGGUAAAUGCUAGUGGACAAUUCUGUGGGGUCUCCGAAAUGGUCGGACCUGUAGACUUUGAAAAGGAUGCUGGUUACUGGCAGCAAGACAGGUGGAGUGGGCAGUUCCCAGUGAAAUGGCAUAUUGUGAAAGAUGUACCGAAUAACCGAUUUAGUCAUAUUCUUUUACAAAACAAUGAGAACAAGCCGGUGACACACAGCCGAGACUCGCAGGAGGUGAAGCUACGUCAGGGGAUUGAGAUGCUAAGAAUCUUCAAAGAAUAUGAGGCACAUACAUCGAUCCUCGAAGAUUUCGGCUACUAUGAUAUGAGAGAGAGGCAGAAGAUGGGAGGAGAAGAUGGAACGAAGAAAGAAGCUGGGGAACAAGAGACAUCAGUGGAGCAGCUAUCAGAGCGUCUUCAAGCUGUCACAGUAGAAGAUGGAAAGGAGGGGAAAAAGGAAGAGUUAAUAACUGAUUGAUAUAGUAAGUAGAAGGAGACAUUCUUUUUGGUAACAAUAAGCAAUUGGGGUUCUCUGUUUUUCCAUUCGGGUGGGGUUGGGGUGCUUGUAUACUAAAAAAAAAAGGCAAGGAUGAAAAGAAAAAAUCCAAUUCCUUGUAGGGGUUUGUCAGCAAUUGUGACUAUUGUAGCAUUAUGCGGAAACGGCGCCGUUUUCAAAAAAAAAGUUGGUAUCAUUCAUUGGUGCUCCUUGUCAUUCA